AUGUCGAAAAACACAUCAGAAAACUCAACCAACCCCCACUCAGCUCCUCUAGGUGUGUUCCUGGGAGGCAUUUCCCUGACGACUAUCAUCAUGAAUAUGUUAGUGCUCUGUGCUGUGAAAACGGAAAAGAAGCUGCAGACGGUUGGCAAUUUAUACAUCGUCAGCCUCUCCAUUGCAGACCUGAUCGUGGGUGCGGCCGUUAUGCCUCUGAACAUUGUUUACCUCCUCAGCCCGACGUGGCCUCUAGGCUUACCAGCCUGUUUGUUCUGGUUAUCCAUGGAUUAUGUGGCCAGCACCGCCUCCAUUUUCAACCUCUUCAUCUUGUGCAUCGACCGCUACCGCUCCGUUCAGCAGCCGCUGCAGUAUCUCAAGUACAGAACAAAAACGAGAGCAUCCCUGAUGAUCCUGGGGGUUUGGGUGCUCUCUUUCAUGUGGGUCAUUCCAAUCCUAGGAUGGCAUGUUUUUGCCAGUAAUGGUGAAAGGCAAGUGAAAGGAAGCAAGUGUGAAACCGAAUUCUCCAAAGUCACCUGGUUUAAAGUGUUGACAGCCAUUGUCAACUUCUACCUGCCCUCUGUCAUGAUGUUGUGGUUCUACUAUAAAAUAUUCAGAGCUGUUCGAAAACACUGUCAGGACCGAGAGCUCAUCAAUGGAUCACAUUGGUCCUUCUCAGAAAAAAACUCCACACAUAGUAGUAAGACUAAGGACGAACAAAAUAUUUGCCUCCAAAAACAAAUCUUAGAUGACAACACCUCUUGUAAAGGGAAGCAAAGCUCCCCUCAGACCCAAAACAUGGAGGCAGAGGUUCAUUUCAGUAAUCCUGACAAGUCUUCAAAGACAUUCGUUAGCGAGAGUAAUGGGAAAGUCCUCGAAUGGAACUGUUUUCCUCGCCCUGCUGCCUGCUCUGAGCCAGGCCUGGGUAAAGCAGGGAAGGAGUGUGUGCGUGUAACAAAAGAGAAGAAAACUGAGGAGGAGCCUUGCUCACAGGACAGUGAUUUCGGUGAUGCAUCAGACAACGUCACUUUCACACAGCAGGUGACCUGCAGAAAGCACACCAGUCCUAACACUCACAGAGCCUCCACUCCUCAGGAAAAGACUGAGAACAGGGAUUUCAGAGGACUGACCCACCUGCGGAAAAACUGGCGAAGUUUGCACGUCCAGUCCAAAAAGCACAUUCAAGGCCUGCGUGGGAACAGGGAGAGGAAAGCAGCAAAGCAGUUAGGGGUCAUAAUGACAGCCUUUAUGCUCUGCUGGAUUCCCUAUUUUGUAUCAUUUAUGGUAGUAGCUUUCCACAGCCAAAAACAACUUUUGCAAUUACACACGUUCACUAUAUGGCUUGGCUAUGUGAACUCCACCUUAAAUCCUUUCCUGUAUCCUCUUUGUAACCAGAAUUUCAAGAAGACAUUCAAAAGAAUCCUUCACAUUCGCUGA